AUGGCGAGUUCGGCGGUGUCGGCGGUCGAUGGUAUCGGCGUCGGCGAAAACGAUGGUACGACAGGUGUAACCGGUGGCGGGCCUAGGAAUCCACUGAUCUGCGGCAUCUGUCACGACUAUUACAACGAGCCUUGUCUUCUAUCCUGCUUUCACACCUUUUGUGCCCGCUGCAUUCGUGGCCCUCAUCUAGAGGGAAAGCUCUCCUGUCCAAACUGCGGGCAACAGACACAGAUAAAGGAUGGAGCACAACUACCACCACCUGAUCAGCUGAUACGUCAACUAGUCGAGUUGGCAAACUCUGAGAAUCCACCAUGUGCCAACUGUGAUAAGCGUGACAAGUCUACUAUGUUCUUUUGUACAACAUGUGGACAAGCGUUGUGUACACACUGCAGGGAGCACACUCACCGCGCGAAAAUGUUUUCCACGCACGAGGUGCUGCACAUGAGCAAAUGCGCCAAAGAUACUCAACGUCGUUGUCCCACGCACGGAGAACAUUAUAUAAUGUUCAGCCAAAGUGCCAAGUGCAUGCUCUGCGCCACAUGUUUUCGCGACACACCCCAAGACGCGAGAAUCCAUUGCGUGGACAUCGAGAGUGCCUGGCAGCAGGCGUCGAAGAAGAUGGAACGAGCCGUCAAUUCCAUUUGUGAGCUUCAAGCUGGCGUCAGAGAUGGGGUACUAGCUUUAAAAUCACAACUGGACGAGCUGCGACACAGUCUGGAAUCGGAGAAAAGGGCGUUGAAUUCUUUCUGUCAGGGAAUGCAGGAGGCGAUAACGAAGACCCAUGGAAAUGUUCUGACAGAAUUGCAGAGACAAUUUGAAAUGAAGGAAAGGAUGGUCCGUAGCCAGCUGCUCUCUCUGAGUAGCGCUCUUCCCAUUUUGCAAAUGCAUCUGAUGCUCUGCACAGCGUUCACCAGCGGCGCUACCAAGUACCAAUUCCUCGAGUUGGCCCAUCCAAUGUUGGAACGACUGGGUCGAGUGGCUCAAUUAGGACAUCCUUCAAGGCCGCCUUUGGUCACGGCACACCUCAAGACCAAUUACAAGAACGAUUUUGCUCGAGCGUUGCAGCCAUACGUAGGUCAGGUGCAGACCCCGAAAGAAUCGUUGUACGAUCAAACUCACCCGAUGAGUCAGCCGGAUCCGCCAGUGAUUCAGAGUAGCAAGGUUGCACCGAGGAUUCCAACCAAGAGCGACGGUGGACCGUUCUCCAAUCACUGCCGAACUUUUGAUACUCAGCUGAAGGAAUUGAAUCAACAAUUGCACACGGUGAAGGAGCGUUUAGGGGAGUUGCAUCGCGACGUGGCUCUCCUGAGAAAAGCAAACACUCCUCCGUUGGGCACGCGUUACGAACACGUAGCCAGGGAUUGCAGGGUGCUGGAACAGCAAUUGGAAUAUCAUCAGAUGGAACUGGAGCGACUUAGAAACGUGUUCGAAGGCCUCUGGGACGAACAAUUGUGUAGAAUUCACGUGGAGAAAGAAAUAUUUCAUUCCCAGAUGAACGACAUUUUAUCGCUAAGAAGUCAGGUAAAACAACUGCUCAGUCUUGCUCAACAACUGGAACCGUUCAUCAAAUCUUUCGGGAGCAAAGUCACUGCCGGAGAAGUGAGCAUCGCAGCCUCCGAUGCCGCUAGUAAUCAGCAUGUACAAAUGUUACUGAAUCACUUGGCACAAUUGCAGCUGCAGGAAACACAGCAACCGCAAACCCAAGCACCCACUAAGGAUCAUCGGCAUUCGCGUGCCAGUGCCACCAGUGCUGAUAAUGCUCUUUAUAUGAAAGAAUCAAAAGAGAUACCAACACGUUGUCAAACUCCUUCCGGGGUUGGUGCGGUUUUGGACUCCAGUGGAAACAUCAUGGUUUAUGGGACCGCGAAAUCUUCAGAUUCGAAGAGAGGAGUGCUCAGUCAGCUGAUCGACAAGGCCAGGAGUAAAGAGGAUCGUAAAAAGUCACCAGGCAGAGAGGAGAGUCGUGAUCGUAGCCAAAGUCGACGACCUAGGAAAUCUCCGGAUGGCACGAAGCCUAAGACACCUCCUGGUCAUUCGUCCGCCAGUAAAGUGCGUUCUUUGUAUCGGUCUCUGAAGGGCGGCAGCGGAGACAAUUCUGCGGAAGGACUCGAUCAGCCGGAACGAUGCACGGAUUCCCAGCAGCCACAGUCGCACACGGCUGCAGGUGAAGAAGGAGAGUAUCUUCGAAUCUCAGAGGCGUCCAGCAUGGGGGAGGCAAAGAAACGUGUCCAAGCUCAGGUGCACGCGGUUCCUGACGAACAGCCAAUCUCAUCUAGCAAAGGAACUAAGGUUUAUCCAGCGAGUGACUCGGAGGACGUGUUCUACGCAGACGAGAAGGCCUCGGCGGAGGUGAGGAGACGUCGACGAGCGAGCUGCGACAGCUUGAGCACCACCGGUUCCGGUAGCAGACGUUCCAGCAUUGCUGACGGGACGGUAGGUCAAUCCGCGCAGGAUCCGAGGAAAACACUGGUUCUUUUGAUCGGGCCUACACCGAAGUCGUCGUCUCUGGUACAGAAGCAGCGUUCCUGGGAAACGUUCCCGCGGCCAAAGAGCAAACGCAGCGUAACAACCAGCGAGGGUGGAGCUUCGUCCUUGAGCCAGCUGAAGAAAACGGACAGUUUCGAGGGACACGAGGAAACGGUGAGAACGUUGGUGGCAGCUGUCCAGGAGACCAGGUCACAUCUACGCCAUCAUCAUAUGCAUCAUCAUCGCCAUCACCGGAAGAGCAAGACGAAUUAA